AUGGAUUCCCCUCGCAAUUCAAGAUCUUUCUCUUCUAACCUCUUCUAUCUUUUCUUACUUCUGUCUUCAAAUCUUCUCACUCUCUUCAUUUCCACUACCUUCUAUUCUCCAUGUUCUCUAACACCUCGAGUAGAAUCCAUCACCACCAUUGGGAAAACUGCUGAUUGUGCUCCAAAAGAUCACGAGCCAACCCCGAAAGUAGAGAUUGUUGAACAAUUCAAUGCAUCGGAAAGUGCAACAGACCUCCCUGAUGAGUUUCUUGCUUUCACAUCCCCACAGAAGCUCCCACUGGGGUAUAACUCGAAUUUUGAUUCCGACAAAAUCCUCCCUCCAGUUGGCCGUCCGUGUGCACUUUUCCCCGAUAUGCUUCGCCGGUAUAUGUCAUACAAAGUCAAUGGAUCCUGCCCGGACGACGAGCUUCUAGCACAAAAGCUUCUCCUGCGGGGGUGCGAGCCACUUCCUCGGCGCCGGUGCCAUCCAGCUGCACAGAAAGAAUACGUUGAACCGUACCCACUUCCUCAUAGCUUAUGGAUGACACCCUCGGACUCAUCUGUUGUUUGGACAGCAUAUACCUGCAAGAACUAUUCGUGUCUCAUCAAUCGUAUGCAUACUCAGAAAGGUUUUGACGAUUGCAAGAACUGUUUUGACCUUGCUGGACGAGAGAAAACCCGAUGGACAGGCAAUGGUGGGGGCAUCGACUUCUCCAUAGAUGAAGUACUUGCAGUAAAGAAGCCUGGGACAAUAAGAAUAGGUCUUGACAUCGGAGGUGGCGUGGCCACAUUUGCUGUCAGAAUGAGAAAAAGAAACAUAACAAUCAUCACAACUUCAAUGAAUCUAAAUGGCCCUUUCAAUAAUUUCAUUGCAUCAAGAGGGGUUGUACCUUUGUACAUAAGCAUUUCGCAAAGACUCCCCUUCUUUGACAACACACUAGAUAUUGUGCAUUCUAUGCAUGUUCUGAGUAACUGGAUACCCACAAAACUACUCCAUUUCUUGAUAUUCGACAUAUAUAGGGUGCUUAGGCCUGGUGGACUGUUCUGGCUCGACCAUUUUUUCUGUGUUGGGGAUCAGUUAGAGAACGUCUAUACACCCCUCAUUGGAAGUGUCGGAUUCAACAAGGUCAAAUGGGUGGUGGGACGCAAGCUUGAUCGUGGCCCGGAGCUAAAUGAGAUGUACCUUUCUGCAUUACUGGAAAAACCACUAGAGAAUUCUUGGUGA